UCCCGGAAAUACUCUUCUGUCGAUGGGGAAAAAUGGCGUUAUGAGCAGCUCCAGACUGUAGGAGAAGUAGGGCAGUAGAGUCAAGAGACAACAAAUCACUACCCGCGGUUCUUGGUUUUUUCAAAAUACAGAAACGUCCAACCUUACAUUAAUCACAAUUGUGUAUUAAUACAGUCGCGCGCUAGAUUAUGUAAGGGCGCUCCAGAUGGACAAAGACAGACUCGCAGCUGGUCCAUGCUCAUGGCUGGAUAUGCAUAAUUUUAUUGGUGACCUUAUGGCUGCAAAUACUCCGGUCACUGGUCAUCCACUGAGAGAGCAGCGUACUGAGGAGACACUAAGUCCUGUUUGGCCCAAAGUCUCUCAUCCUGCCCAGUCUACCCUGUCCAGACCGAGCCAGGUGAAAAGUGCUGUUCGGUUUGGUCUGCAGGAAAGGGAACCCAAAGAUCAUGAAAGCCAUGUUCAGCAUCGUGCCUGCACAUGCCCUGGCUGCCCUCUGUCCUCAUCUCCUUCCAUUUCCUCAAUCCACACCUUAAAACCCAGAACCAUCCCGGUCUCACAGAUCCAACCACCUUCCUCCCCACAACCCACCCCACCGCAGCAGAAUAAAGAGCCCAGCUUAGGCCUGUGUCUAGGUUUGGGACUCUCUCUGGAAGAGGAAAACACAGAGCCCAGCAGCACACACCCCCAACAAGAGGACAAAGGCACUAGCACCCACAGCCCAAUCCCUCAGGCAAAUCCCGAGUCCCUACCAGUUCAAACCUUUCCGUGUCUUUGCUGCCACAGAGGGAUUCAAACCUGCAGCCCACUUCUGUGCCAACAAAAGGACUCCGAUGCACACGUUGCCCACCACCACUAUCACCACCACCACCAUCACUGCCCGCUCAGCACCUGCACGCCAUGUACGCUCCCGUCCUUCCCUUGCCUGACCUGCCAGCGCACCUUCCCCACCUGUGCCCAGCUCCUGCGCCAUCAGCAGGGCCACGCGCAACAGGAGGGCUUGCAGCAGCUCUCGUGCAUGCACUGCAAUGCCUCUUUCCCCCGGCCAUCGCAACUGCUCCAGCACCAGCGAACCCAGCAUGCGUCAAAAACCGGCGGCUUCUUGUGUGCCGAAUGCGGCCGCGCGUUCAACUCGCACAGCAACCUGCGCAUCCACCUCAACGUACACACAGGCGCCCGUCCGUACAGCUGCUCCGAAUGCGGCAAGAGCUUUAGCCAAUCCGGGGCGCUUAAGAUUCACCACCGAAUCCACACCGGAGAAAGACCGUACACCUGCUCUUAUUGCGGAAGAGGUUUCCCUCACUUAGCUGGGGUGAGAGCGCAUCAGCGGAUUCACACGGGAGAGAAACCGUACCGCUGCGGUCAGUGUGGGAAGUGCUUUACUCAGUCUGGGGCUCUGAAGAUCCACACUCGCAUACACACCGGCGAGAGGCCUUUCGUGUGCGGCCUCUGUGGGAAGAGCUUUUCAAAUCGUUCCGGUAUUCGCUUUCAUCACCGCACGGUUCACGGGAUCGUGACGGAGCCCAACUCUGUGGGAAGGCCUAGCCUGGUUGCCUCUGCGUCCUCCUCAGUUUCAGACUUCCAGAGAAUUCAAGCCUCCGGUCCCAACCAGAUUCAUCUUCGGGAAUUGGAAGAUAGGGGUCCACCCAGUAAAGAGCAGUUAAGAGGGGAUAGGGGCAAAGAUGCCCUUCCGUAUGCCUGCGAGGACUGCGGUCAGCGGUUUCCAGACGCUCCGUCUAGAAACAGACACCAGACGUUGCAACACUACUCUAAGGAAGACAGAGAAAAGGAAGCGAGCAGCUCUGACAAAACUAUAAAUUAGACAAAAGCAGAUGCUGAGCCUCUUUGAAGCUUGCUGAUAUUAUCACACCGUUAAGUCAUGACAUAAGAAAUAUUGAUUGUGUCCAACCAAGAGUGUACAGCACAGUCUUCAGGCUCAUGGUGUCCAGGACACCAGCAUUUUAAUGAUUUAUAAAAGAUGAAUCAUUGUCUAGCCAUCUGAGAUUUCGGUAUAGAUAUAAAGGUCAGGAUUAUGAUUUUUUUUUGUUAUUAUUGCAGCACGCUAUGAGUGUACUGAACAUUACCACCAUUUGUUGUUUGCUUUUGACAAUUGAUAGAGUGUUUGGACCCAGAAAUGGUGGCUUGUGACGUCAGACCUAACGGUCUUGUUUUGGUCAUGUAAAAUUCUUAUGCCUGUUAUUCGUGCCUCUUAAAAAAGCUAAAUUGUGAUAACCUGUAUAGUGAAAACGCACCUUAAACUUUAAAUAAGUAGCUUUACCUAUCAGUAUUAAGGUAUUUGUGCAUAUUUGUUACCAAACCUGCACUACUUUUUCCACCAUUGGGCCUAAAGGUUACCAGAAAGCAAACAGAAGGCUUGGUUUACAAAACUCGCGAGUUUCAGUGUCACCAAAGCCAUUUAACCAGCAUCAUUCUCUUGGCCUGAGGACGUUUAGCUAGAUGUGCCGAUAAAUCCAAAAAUGUAAUGGUUUGUACUUAAUGCAACUGCCACAACUGGUACUGCUUACAACCAUGCAGCCUGAUAGUGGAAAAGUGCUUUAUUUUACAUUUUGGCACUUUGUACAUAUGUAUGUAAAAGUAUUUUGCAGGUUUGCAAGUUGUUAUUUUAAGCUUAUUAUAUUUCUUUUUAGUUUAACAAACUUCUGAUGCUGUUUCUAUAGUGAACUGGAUUAAGAAAGGUGCUUAUUGGAAUGUGGCACGGUGGUUCAGAAGGUAUAAUAGUUACCUCGCAGGAUGAAGGUUUGAGCUUGGGUCUUUCUGUGGAGUUUGCAUGUUCUCCACAUGUUACGAGGAGAUUCCUCUUGGUGCUCUGAUUUCCCCUCAGUCUAAAGACAUAUAGGUUAACUGGAGAAGAUAAAUUGUCUGAAGGCGCGAAUGUGUCUCUAUGGUGGAUUGUCUUGAGUAUUUCCAAAGCCUGUGGCCCAAUAUAAAUGGUUGUGAUUGCUUUCUUAGUAAGUGCGAAAAUUGCCUGAAGUCUGAAAUUGACAGAGCACAUUUUUCUGCUAACAUAGCAGUGCCUUUUUUAAUAGAAAUCUUCUUAAUAGGAAUCUUGAAAAGCACAUACAAAUUAAAGCAAAAACAUUAGAUUAUGACUUUAAAAGUUAAAAUCAAAUAUAGUCUUUAAGAUUAUUUGUCAGACCCUAGUGUGGUUGUAAUAUUAAUGCUGUUUUAAAUGAAACAAUGCUCUUACUGUAUUUAAAGUCAGUUCAGCUUGUUGUAUGGGGAUACAUUCUAUGACACUAUUAGCAUAUUUGAUGUACCUGCCAGGUGUUGCUUAUUGUAUUUUUGGAGUCUGCAGGGACUGACAGUACACAAGACUGCAUAAGCGUCUGCCGUUGUAAGGGAUUGGCCAAAGGUUUGUUGUUAAAGAUACCUGUAAAUACCUUGCAUUACUGCUUAGAAUUAAAUAUUGACAAAACUGUCAGAGGAAAUUAAUUGUCUAUUAUUUUUGUGUUCAUUUUGUAUCUUUAGAAUUACACUGUUGAUAUGUGAACCCUUCUUAAUGCGGUAUUGCAAAUGUUAUUGGCCGGUCAAUGGCCCCUCAACCCAGAACAUCAGAUACUUUUUGUACGUCUGUCAGUUAGCUCAAUACAAUAGUCCACAAUACAUGUAUAUCGUGUACACAUGUUUCAACAGAAAUAAACGUUGAUGUAACUUAUUUGAAGUUUACAUUUCAAGAGAUUAAAAAGUUCAACUUUG